AUCCCAGUGCCCAGCCCUACUGGAGCUGCACAGAGGAGCAAAACACGGGCACAGCACAAGGUGACUCCAGCUGUAAGAUUCUCCGUCCCCCUACAGUGACUUCCAAAUCCCCUUUGGGGAUUUUAAGCUGUCCUCUCUCAGGUGGGAUGGCAGAACCAGCUCCCACAGCUCAACACAGCCCUAACGAGUGAUGAGGAGCAGAACCAGACCUGCAGCACACACUUGCUCCAAACACAUCUCCAAAAAGCAGCACCAUACAGAAGCUACCAAUGCCCAAAGCCAGGAAGGCCCAUUGUGCCUCUGUUCUCCCCCUUUAUGAGAACCAAAUUCCCCAACAAAUCGAUGGCGAGGUUUCCUUUGCCGUCGGUAAGCGAUGUCUCAUAUCCUCUUUGACCAUAAUGGACUAAAAAACACAGUUCCCCUGUGGAUUCAGCCCGUUUCCUUCUAUUCUUUAACAGGAAGCUCUGCAAGAAUCAGCCCAGGCAGGCAGACCUCUCCUCACCCUCUCACACUCGGGAUGGACAGAGCCUCUGCAGGGCUGCUCAGCUCCACGCCGCGAUGCUGGCUCCAGCCCUCCAUCCGCUCCUGUGGCUGUUUGGCUGCGUGCUGCUCAGAGGUACUACAACUGCCACAGACUCCUCCAUCCACAAUGUCACAGAUCAACCUCAAUCAGCAACACGCAACCAUGAAGUAGAGAACAAUACCUCAGCAGAGCCUUCAGUGAAGUCAGCAGCCCCAGCUGACCUGAAUCUCACUCACACGGACCAGACCACCACAACCAAAUCUUCCUCCAGCCCUCCAGCCCUGCUAACAUCAUCUGCACAGGAUGAAAAGUCCAGUGGAAGCAGAAACACAGCAGGAACUCCAUCAACUCCAGGUGAAAAGUCCAAGAGAAGUGAGAGUCCUACAGCAGCAACAACUCAAGGCACCUCAAGAACUGUUACCCCAGCACUGGAAAUCUCUGUCUCUUUGCCUGUGCCUACUCCAACAGAAUACGAGUCUCCAUUGACUGUGGUAGCUUUCGGUGUCAUCAGCUUCAUAGUCAUCCUGGUUGUGGUUGUGAUCAUCCUCGUCAGCGUGGUCAGCCUGAGGUUCAAGUGCAAUCGCUCCAAGGACUCAGAAGACAAACAGAAGCCAGGGAGCUCCAUGGUGUCGGAGAGCUGCUCUGCAGGCACAAGCGUGAAGGAUAACAGCAUCACUCUGAUCUCCAUGAAGAACAUCAAUAUGAACAACAGCAUGGCUUACCCACCAUCAGAAAAGGUGCUAUGAAGACAACAACCCAGAACUACAAGAUGACGCUUGAAUUUCUAAGCUUUUUUUUUUUCCUUUGGGGAAAGGACAAGGGUGGACUUUAUAUAUAAAUUAUUAUGCUCUUUCUGUUCAAUACACUUACAGUAUUUUCCCCAUCUAGGGGGGAUCGGGGCUUUCUCCAGCUACAGCCUGACAUACUCCACGGCUGAUAUCUAACUGCAUUUUUGACAGGCCUUCAAACCCUCAGAUCAUUCCAGCAGCAAGAAGUAUGAAGGAACCAACUACUCAGCUAAAAACCUGCUGUCUUAGAUUAAUGGCCUUUACAGUCUGUGCCAGACAGCCACAGCUUUGCCAGACAGUUAAUCAGCGUAGACCCCCACUGAGCUAAACCUGUGCAUUAGGAAAGCAUGGUCUGAAGCUGAAGGCAUAGUAGGACUUAAAUACCCAAGUGCUAGGUCAAAUCAUAGCACAGUUGUUCCAAGCCCCGUCUGCACAGUCAGGGUGACCAUGCCCACCUGCCUCACAGGGCCGUUGUGAGGGUCUAUUAACCAGUGUCUGCAAAGCAUUUGGAAAGCCGUGAAUUAAAGGUGCUGCUGAAAUGCAAACUGCCAUCUUAAAUGCUUCGUUAUUAAUACCUGAGCUUCAGGCAGAUGGGUCGGUAUCUUCCCAUAAGUUCAACGUGCAAAGAAGAAGAAGUUGUUUGAAGUACAAAAGCAAGAGCACUGCUUUGCCAGGACCUUGUCUGAGUGGUCAUAAGCAAAAUGCUGAGAUACUCCAAUUCCUGAAGUUCAGCAGCCUCAGUUUGCUGGGAGAGCUUCAGUCCUCUGUACUGCUGCUUUCCCAGAGCUUCCCAACAGACCAGAGCAGCAGAUACUCCUAGUUUCAAGCACCCCCACUACCACAGCUAUGGUAGUGCAGAUGCAUCCACAGCGUGAUGAUGAGAACAGUGUUCUGCUAACCUGCACAGUGCCACAGCUCACCCCAGGAACCAGCUGCCAAUCAUUACUCACCCACUGCAAAAUACAGCCCUGUCAGCUGAGCUAUGGGAGUGAUGGAGCCAUCAAUACCCAGCUUCCAAAUGACUGUAGUGGAAACAAGGCUCUAUUGGGAGGUUCUGGAGAUCUCAGCUGCAUCAUGCACUAAAGCACUGACUCUCCAACUGCUUUUCCCCCUGCCUGUCUCCCUGAGGCUCCUGGCUUCAAGCUCUACCAGUUCCUGACUCAGAGACCUUGGAGCACCUCAUUUACUUGGCAGCAGUGUGGUGAGAAACUGAUUUCUCCUACCACGAGCAUCAAAAUCUAUCAGCCCUGAAGGUAAAUUGUGAAAUCAAGGAAAAAGGAUUUAUCCAAGCAGGCAAAAUAGGUAUCACUGCACACAUCCCCUGCACAGCCCAAUGAAACAUAUAAUUUACCUCGAUCUAAUGUUAUAGGAUGGAUACGGGCUGGUUACUGGAGCACGCAGUGCUAAAGAUAGCCGUGCUUUGCAGCACACCACCAAGGGCUCAGCAUAAUAAACGCAGUGUUUUCACCACUCUCA